AUGGAGAUCUCACUCCCAAAAAUAAUUCCAAUUGUCUUCGAUGGCAAAAACUACCUUAUAUGGUCCAAGGCUGCUCGCACAACACUUAUUGGAAAAGGAUUGUGGAGUCAUGUCCUUCACAGCCAUGACCCGACACCAACCUCAACCGGACAGAGCACACACAACUCGACAGCCGAUGCACCGACACCAACAGCUCCGCCCGAUCCCAGAGAAAGCAAGUGGUUUCAGGAAGACCAACAAGCUCUGGCGAUUAUACAGAGCUCUCUCGCGCCACAUAUACUCAACAAUUACAUAUACUGCGAGACAACAAAAGCUAUAUGGGAUAAGCUUAAGCUCGUGUACGGCAACCUGUCUAAUAUGAGCCGAAUUUACGAAAUUCGGAAAACUCUCUUUGGCAUUCAGCAAGGUGGUCGGCCCUUUGACACGUGCCUCGGAGAAAUCACCAGCUUGUGGGCAGAGUAUGAACAACUCAGACCCGACACAUCAGAUGCAAAAACCAUAGCCGAUCGGAAAGAGCAGGACAAGGUAUUUUCGAUUCUUGCUUGUUUAGAUGGGACUUACAACGACCUUGUCUAUCAUGUUCUUAGACAAGAAAAGAUACCUUCCAUGGAUGAAUGUUGGUUCUUGCACCCACACUUGAAACCCCAACAAUUCCGAGGUCGCGACUCCCGCAAUAAGGCUGCUGCUCUGCUCACUAACGACAACGUUGAGGCACUUAUUCAAGCCCUCCAAACGAUGAGCAAAGACAAUGGUAUUGAUUUCCUUAACUCUAUCGUCAUUGAUUCCGGUGCCACGAAUCACAUGUUUGCAAAAUCUGAUUGGUUUACAAAUCUGCAGAAAAAGCUAGGCUUUGUUUCAGUUGCAAAUGGUGAUAAACUUCCUAUUGCUGGGCAUGGUUCUGUACAAUUAUUUGAUAAACAAAUCGAUGCUCUUUAUGUGCCAAAACUGAAAACCAAUUUGCUAUCUAUACCGAAACUUACUAAAGAUUUGGAUUGUUCUGUCACUUUCGAUACUAAUGAAGUUCGAUUUCAGGAUACUAAUACUCGGAGCACUUUCGGGAAAGGCAUUCUACACAACAAUCUAUAUCUACUUGAUGCUCCCAACUCUUGUUCCGACACAGCUUUUAGCGUCCUUUGGUACCCGAUAGCAAACGACACAAACUUCAACCUAAAAGCUCCAAGUGCAUGUUUAUCGGCUAUUCGUCAUCGCAAAAAGGAUAUAAAUGCUAUGAUCCUAUCCAAGACCGUGUACAAGUCUCGUGAUGUUAUUUUCCACGAGGAUCGCAGUUACUUUAGUCCCCAAACCGCCUCCACUCUCGACCCUAUGCUGCAGAUUCCGGCGAAUUACAAAGACACACUUUCCCGUCUUUUACGGCUUGCUCACGAUUUUAAUGAGACCCAUGGCACUCGCACUGACCGAACCUUACUUCGUUCCUCCAGCUCUGGUAACAUCGUUUCCCCUCCCUGUGCAACUAUGUCUCCUGAAACUUUUGAUUCUUCGCAUGAUGUACCUGUGCAGGACCAAAACGAGACAAGUGUCGAGCCUUUGCAUGAGAGACACAACAGCCAUGUUCCUUCUACCUCUAUUGUUCCUAACUAUUCCUCAUCAACAUUGUCUCCUGUGUCGACCCAUGAACAACCCGCUGCCGAACAUGCCGACAUAAAUACCGACACACGAGCCCCGCCACCUGCCGAAAACAGCGAUAAAUUCAACUCCAUGGGAAAUACAUCGCCUCCGCUUCCAGCUCCACUCGAAGACCUUCGGGGAAGCACAACAGCAGCUGAUGGAGUUCGCCGUAGUGCGCGGAUUCAAGAAAAAAUAGCGAAGCGUGCGCAACAAGGAACCACUGCCAUGCAUUGUUCUUCUGUUACUUAUCCCAUACAGGAUUUUUGCACCUAUUCUAAUGUGUCUUCUGAUGAAUUCUUGUUUCUCAGUCAACUAGAUAGACACGUGGAGCCAAAAUCUUAUCGGCAUGCAAAAGACGUCCAUGUGUGGCAGGUUGCAAUGCAAGAGGAAUUGGAUGCCUUGGAACGCAAUCAGACUUGGACAAUUGUUGACCAUCCGCCAAACCAACACGCCAUCGGUAGCAAGUGGAUAUAUAAAAUCAAAUAUCGGAGUAAUGGUGAUAUCGAACGUCACAAAGCCCGCCUUGUCGCGCAAGGCUACACUCAAACCUACGGCGAAAACUACACCGACACCUUUGCUCCGGUGGCCAAAUUGCCGACGGUUCGUGUUAUUUUAUCUCUUGCUACUAACUUUGACUGGUCUUUGUGGCAGAUGGAUGUAAAAAAUGCCUUCCUCCAAGGCGAUUUAGACGAAGAAAUAUAUAUGGUUCCUCCGCCGGGCUAUCGUGAAAAACUCGGUCCUAACAAAGUCUGUAAACUUCGCAAGUCUCUGUAUGGUCUCAAACAAUCACCGCGUGCGUCGUAUUCCAAGCUCAAUACGGCUCUUGCUACACAUGCCUUCUCCCGCAGUGAAUCCGAUCAUUCAUUAUUCAUCAAGAAAACAUCAUCGGGUAUAAUCGUUCUACUAAUCUACGUUGAUGAUAUUAUUAUUACUGGGAAUGAUACUGUUGGCAUCGCAGACACAAAGCGGUUUCUUCAUAACACAUUUGAGAUAAAGGAUCUGGGAGAACUCAAAUACUUCCUUGGCAUUGAAGUCCUUCGUUCUCCGACCGGCAUCUUCCUCUCACAACGCAAAUAUAUCCUCGAUCUCCUUCAAGAAACAGGAAAACUCGGAGCUAAACCCGCCAAGACGCCAUUGGAAGAUAACUACAAGGAACAACGCGAGGGGGAAUUAUACGCGGAUGAUGAACAAUAUCGUCGCGUUGUCGGUAAGUUAAUUUACCUUACCAUAACUCGUCCUGAUUUAUGUUUCCCCGUAAAACAGGUUAGCCAAUGGAUGCAUGCGCCAACAAUCCAUCACUGGAGAAUGGUGGAGCGAAUCCUCAAGUAUCUCAAAGGAACUCCAGAAAAAGGCAUUUGGAUGACCCGCAACAAUCAUGUCAAUCUCGUAGCAUAUUGUGAUGCAGAUUGGGCGGGAGACAGAACAGACCGAAAAUCGACAACGGGAUAUUGCACGUUUCUUGGAGGCAACUUGGUGACGUGGAAAAGCAAAAAACAACAAGUGGUGGCACGUUCUAGCGCGGAAGCAGAGUACAGGGCUAUGGCAAACACGGCAUGCGAGAUUAUGUGGCUUAAAGCUCUACUUCAAGACCUCGACAUUUCAACGAAUCAACCAGUGACACUCCAUUGUGACAGUCAUGCUGCUAUGCAUAUUGCUCAAAACCCGGUGUUUCAUGAGAGGACCAAGCAUAUUGAAGUUGACUGUCACUUUGUUCGAGAGAAAAUAUCACAAGGGAUCAUCACAACAUCCUACACGAAGAGUAAUGAUCAAUUGGCCGAUAUUUUCACAAAGGCAUCGAAUUUGAAAGUAUUCAACAAUUCUCUUUCCAAGAUUGGUGUCAUUGAUCUCCCCGAACCAAUCUUGAGGGGGAAUGUUGAGCCAAUUGAACAUUAUCGACAUGCUCAAACUCGGACGCAAUCUCACAUCACUCACCCAUGUGUCGAACAAGCUCAAUUCAGCAGCAACGAUCACUUGGACGAAGGUGGACUGGACUAUGGAUCAGAAUGGUUCAGCCCAUGGGCUGAUGUUGGGCUGCACAUACCGUUGAGUGAUUGA